CAGCGGCAGGACCGAACUGAAGAAAGGAACAGUUUGUCCCGUCACCGGCUUUUUAUUUAGCAGCAGAAGGUCGUCAGCAGCUGGACGGAAUUUGUCACGAUUCCGACAAAAAGAACAAUAAAAAUACGAAUUAGUCGCAGGCUUCAUGUUUGAGACGCAGAGGGAUGUGAGUAGAAGUGAAAAAGUGGGUGACCUCACUUCGCGUUUGGUCGCGCUGUUAUGAAACCUCGUUAGCGGCUGAACCAGCGCUAGUUGGGCUGAAAGCGGUCUUAUCGGGGUAGGUUCGGUCUUCCUGUAUAAAACUUACCCGCAGCAGGGGGGGAUUAGGACUCGUACGCCGAUUCCCUCCUUACCUUGGACCAAACCGGGAUUCAGCUCGUCCAGAUCUGCCUCCCUUGGACCGGUUUGAUGGCCACCACAGCCGGUGCCCGGAGGUUACCCAUGGGUGUGCGGACGUUGAGCGACUUUCUCCAGAUCUCCGCUAUGGGCUCCCCUCGCUCAUGUCCUAAAGGUGAGCCGAGAGGGCGUCUGCGGCAAAACAUCAGGCACCUGUCUUCGUGUGGCAUUUUAAUGACAAGAAGUCCCAGAAUGCUUUGCCUCCAAGACUGGGACACGGUGUCUACUGUUCCCCAAAGCAGAAACUUCAUCAGCCUAGCCAAUAAAAGGAAGGAGUACUCAGAGCGUAGAAUACUUGGGUAUUCUAUGCAGGAAAUGUAUGACGUAGUGGCCAAUGUGGACGACUACAAGAACUUUGUGCCUUGGUGUACGAAGUCUCAGACCAUCAUGAGGAGAGCAGGUCACUCCAAAGCCCAGCUUGAAGUGGGAUUUUCCCCGGUGGUGGAGAGAUACACGUCCAUGAUCACUAGCGUUAGGCCUCAUUUAGUCAAAGCCGUGUGUACAGACGGAAAGCUGUUCAAUCACCUGGAGACAAUAUGGCGCUUUAGUCCGGGCAUUCCGGGGUAUCCUCGCACCUGCACCGUAGACUUUUCUAUUUCCUUCGAGUUCCGCUCUUUGCUCCACUCCCAGUUGGCCACCAUGUUCUUCGAUGAAGUCGUAAAGCAGAACGUUGCUGCGUUCGAACGGCGAGCCUGCAAGAUGUACGGUCAAGAGACUCGGAUUCCUCGGGAGCUGAUGUUUCACGAAGUUCAUCAGACGUGAUCUUGGUGACCACACGUCUCCAUCUGGCCUUAAAUGCCCCCCCACACUCAAUUCAGUCAGCCCCAGCAUCCCAUCUUCACUCCUGGAAAAGUCAAAGCAGUUACAAAGGACUUCCAAUUCCCAGUGUUGGAAUUCUUGCCUCUAAUUCAUGCUUCUCUGUCUCAUCGAGUCUGUCUGCCUCCAGUUUCCUAGCACAACCCACCAUUACUGUCGCUCCAUUGCGGUUACAGGCUGUAUUUAUGUAAACAGAGAACAGUAAACCCGUACAUUGUGUUACUAGUGAAAAAUUAUUUUAAAUGAACAUUCUUCGAUCUUUUUUAAUAACUUAUGGAAGUUCUGAAGGCCAGACCCAUGCUGAGGACUCGUGGGUCACUGGGAGUCACUGGGACCUGAGGCUACUGUACUGGUUAGCAUGUAAACAGCGGUACGAUCAGCUGAUCACAUGUAAAAGCACACUUCGCCUUUACCAUUUGCACCUGCUUCAGAAUGAAAUGUUAAAGUAUGUCCAGUACAGCAAUUCCUGCUUUAUUUAGUGGGUAUAUGGAAGGUUUUGUUUAUUCGGGCACGUGUGUGGUCACUGACAGUAUUGUGUUCUUCAGAGGAGUGAUGUAAUCCUAACUAGUCUGACCUGUGAGGCUAGGGCGUAGCUUUACCUUGGCUGCUGUGCUGUGAAGAUUGUACUCUUGAACAUUGAGGCUCCUGCUGAUUAUUUUUAAACAUUUGUUAUUUUUUAGCUCACCUUAGAAGCAACCUGUUGAUAUGGGGCUGAUAAGUUUGCACAAAACACUCAGGAGUGUACUGUGAUGAUGAGUGGAAGGGAAAACUGCAGCUUUAUAUUUGAUAUUUAAAAAUACAGAUAUUAAAACACCAUUUCAUCUGAUCUGAUGCUUUAUGUUGGGAUUAAACAAAUCUCAUGUUCUGUAAAAAAAAAAACCAAGAUGGAUAAUAGUAAGUCAUGGCCCAUUUGGAUGUGACCACAUCCGCUCAUCCAUUUUAUUUAAAUCUUGCAGGUAGAAUAAACAUUACAAAAGACGUGUGUCGAAUCAUUUAAGUCACAAACUUGUAGACAUUAAACGUGCAGAAAAUCUUUCACUCAA